AGUCCCUUUGGCUCAAAACCUUGGGCUUAGGCUGCUUCGCGAGAGAGGCAGUCGCUGCGGUCUCCCCGCUGACAUCACGCAAUUGCUCGGACAUCAUGAUGAGCGUGGUGUUGCCGCUACUCGCCGCGUCUGCGGCCGCGAUGACUGCGCGUCCUGUUACAGCAUGCGACGCGCCACUUCUCAUGCAGAGGCACCAAGCCGCCCAUCUGGUCAGCCGGUCGUCGCCAGGUCCGACAGUGAGCUGCCACACGGCCGUGUUGGGGGAGGAGUGCUACGGGCAUGUGGCGUGGGCGCAUCAGGACGGUAUCCGCUCGUCCCCGCAGUGGUAUCCCGGAUUGACUCCGGAGUCUUCCUUCGAGGAUUUCCAGCGGCACCUGUGGAGCCAUGGCCUGGGUGAGUGCCCCGAGCCCUGCGCUGCUACGGCGACGCCAGCGCCGACCGCAGCGAGCUGCCAUACGGCCGUGUUGGGGGAGGAGUGCUACGGGCAUGCGGCGUGGGCGCAUCAGGAAGGCAUCCGCUCGUCCCCGCAGUGGUACCCCGGAUUGACUCCGGAGUCUUCCUUCGAGGAUUUCCAGCGGCACCUGUGGAGCCACGGCCUGGGGGAGUGCCCCGAGCCGUGCGCGCCGGCCCCGAGCCCGGUGCCGAGCGUAGCGCCGACGGUGGCGCCGACCGCAGCGCCGUCCCUGGCACCCACAGGUGCCCCGACGCGGGCGCCGACGGCAGUGCCCACGGCUGUGGUCACCGAGCUGGCCCCAGGGUACACGGCCACGGGCGUGAAGGGCACGAUGUGGGCGGACGCCACCGACGGCGGCGGGUGCGAGCUGCCCCAGGCCAGCUAUGCGGUGCACCACGCGGUUGCGGUCGGUGACGCGGCUGCGAACGGGCUCCUGUCGGCCCAGAGCAGCAGCCAGCUUUGUGGCCAGGUCUUGUCGGUCUCCUGCGGGGGAGAUCCUGUGGAGGCGGUGGUCGCCAGCAUUUGCAACAAGAAUGCCUACAACUGCGGCGUAGACCUGAUCCGGACGUCCUGGGACGUGGCCACCGGCGGCAUGGCUCCGGGGAUCUUCGACCAGUGCACGGUCACCCUCAGGGACACGCUGCCGAUGUCCUCGGGCUCCGUCGAGUGCUUCUUCCGGCCCAGCAGCGAGUACGGCAACCAGUGGUACGCGAGCGUGGGCGUGUUCAACACUGGAGGGAGGCUGCCCGCCUCUGCAACCCUGAACGGCCGCGGAGGAUCCUUCAACGGCGACAGCGCCUACUUCGACUUCAACGGGUACGUUGGGCCCCACGAGGGCAGCUCCGAGCUGCUGGUGGUGACGUUCACGGACGGCACCUCCGUGUCACUGCCCUAUGGCUCGUGCGCGUGGGCCGGCCAGGCCCACAUCUGGUCCUCGGCGCCGACCGUGGCGCCGACCGCGGCGCCGACUGAGACGCACACAAGUGCCCCGACGCCGGUGCCGAUGGCAGCGCCGACGCCAUCGCCGACGGUGACGCCGACCCCAGCGCCGACGCCGGUGCCGACAGCAGCGCCGUCCCUGGCACCCACAGGUGCCCCGACGCGGGCGCCGACGGCAGUGCCCACGGCUGUGGUCACCGAGCUGGCCCCAGGGUACACGGCCACGGGCGUGAAGGGCACGAUGUGGGCGGACGCCACCGACAGCGGCGGGUGCGAGAUGCCCCAGGCCAGCUAUGCGGUGCACCACGCGGUUGCGAUCGGUGACGCGGCUGCGAACGGGCUCCUGUCAGCCCAGAGCAGCAGCCAGCUUUGUGGCCAGGUCUUGUCGGUCUCCUGCGGGGGAGAUCCUGUGGAGGCGGUGGUCGCCAGCAUUUGCAACAAGAAUGCCUACAACUGCGGCGUAGACCUGAUCCGGACGUCCUGGGACGUGGCCACCGGCGGCCUGGCUCCGGGGAUCUUCGACCAGUGCACGGUCACCCUCAGGGACACGCUGCCGAUGUCCUCGGGCUCCGUCGAGUGCUUCUUCCGGCCCAGCAGCGAGUACGGCAACCAGUGGUACGCGAGCGUGGGCGUGUUCAACACUGGAGGGAGGCUGCCCGCCUCUGCAACCCUGAACGGCCGCGGAGGAGCCUUCAACGGCGACAGCGCCUACUUCGACUUCAACGGGUACGUUGGGCCCCACGAGGGCAGCUCCGAGCUGCUGGUGGUGACGUUCACGGACGGCACCUCCGUGUCACUGCCCUAUGGCUCGUGCGCGUGGGCCGGCCAGGCCCACAUCUGGUCCUCGUGAGCCCAGGCCCUUCCUUUUUUUAUUUGGCCCUCGAUUCCCUCCGUGCCGCAGCCUCUGAGCUGGUGGACGCCAGGAGCGAGCGAGAGAGCGCAGCGCCUACGUGGUCCCUCUUCCAGGACGGCCCGUGCAGGACGCACUUGCAGAAUUUAUCCAACUGAGCUGCCCCACAUCCUGCCGGGUCGGGAAAGGCAGAGGACCCGACGCGCUGCAGGCGCCGUGCGGCGCGGUGGUGGAUCCAAGAGGUGCCCCACGAGCACCGUCAGAGCACGUGACAGGAAGUCGUGUGCAAACUGUGAAAUAUCUUCUCUUUGGUCGCAGGUUGUCUGUCUUCCGAGGAGGCAGGCACAUGUCCGCUUCUUAGUUCGGGGGCUGCCAGGCGCUAGUUGUCCUGGCCGAAGGUGGCGCCAGGUUUUCCAGGGAUGCCCAGAUUUCCCCCAGAGCACACCUCACGAGGCCCAGGAGGCCUCACUGGCUCCAACAUGACGCGGGAAGCUGAUGGCACCUUAGGCCAGGAUCACACCCAAAGCUUUGGACAUGGCGAGGAUAGCGGAAAAAUGCGCACCGUCUUGCUCCCACCUCCUCGUCCACGGUUCGUUUUUGCCCCUUUGGCCUCGCCCGUUCCUCCGCUUCGCCCCUCGCUUCUGCCGUGCCGUGACGACGGCUUCAUCAGAUCAGCGCUUCCUCCCUCUCCUCC